GCGCCGCUGGCUGGCGCGUCCCAGGUUGGCGGUUUCCAGCGGAGCCGGUGGCGACCGCAGCGGUGCCAGAUCCGGAUGCCCGCGGGCUCCGUACGGCUCCAGCUCCAUUUCUCGCCCGCGCAGCGCCAGCUCGGCCCCGCCGGAGCGGGAGACGCGGCGGCGCUCUGCCCGAGAACUCUGGUGUCUCCGCCCCGGGCUCCUCCGGAGAAAGCCAAGUGCUCGCAGGUGCAGCGCGUGUCCCGAGCGGUCCCGGAACGCAAGCCGCCGGACGGCACCUCUAGGGAGCCUGGACCCCCGAGCCUUUGCAGAACCUUUUCAGAACCUUUUUCUAGAGCGUUCAGCGCCGGGCGCGCGGGGGAGUGGGAUCCACGGUGGGAAAGGGGUGAUGAGGACACCGAUGAUGGGCAGACCGACCUGGCGCGUGGGCUGCUGCUGUCUCCUCCUUCUGGCUCUUGCUGUAUUUGCCCGAAGCGACGGCGGGCAGAGCUGCGAGGAAGUUCGGAAACUUUUCCAGUGGCGCCUGGUGGGAGCGGUCAAGGGGCUGCCAGAUUCGCCGAGGCCAGGACCUGAUCUUCAGGUUUGUGUAUCCAAAAAACCUACAUGUUGCACCAGGAAGAUGGAGGAAAGGUAUCAAAUUGCAGCUCGCCAAGAUAUGCAGCAGGCGCUUCAAGCAUCCAGCUCUACAUUAAAGUUUCUAAUAUCUCGAAAUGCAGCUGUUUUUCAAGAAACCCUUGAAACUCUCAUCAGACAAGCAGAGAAUUACACCAGCAUACUUUUCUGCAACACCUACAGGAACAUGGCCCUAGAGGCUGCUGCCUCAGUUCAGGAGUUCUUCACCGAUGUGGGGCUCUAUCUAUUCGGUGCGGAUGUUAAUCCUGAAGAAUUUGUCAACAGAUUCUUCGACAGCCUUUUCCCUCUAGUCUACAGUCAUCUCAUUAACCCUGCUGUGACCGACAGCUCCCUGGAGUACUCGGAAUGCAUCCGGAUGGCUCGCCGAGACAUUAGUCCAUUUGGUAAUAUCCCCCAAAGAGUGAUGGGGCAGAUGGGGAGGUCGCUGCUGCCCAGCCGCACGUUUCUGCAGGCACUGAAUCUGGGCAUUGAAGUCAUCAACACCACAGACCAUCUGCUCUUCUCCAGGGAGUGUGGCCGAGCCCUCCUGAGGAUGCAGUACUGCCCUCACUGCCAGGGCCUGACGCUCAGUAAACCGUGCAUGGGGUACUGCCUCAACGUCGUGAGAGGCUGCUUGGCUCACAUGGCGGAGCUGAAUCCACACUGGCAUGCGUACAUCCGGUCCUUGGAAGAGCUGUCAGAUGCCAUGCAUGGAACGUAUGACAUUGAACACGUGCUCCUGAACUUCCACUUGCUUGUGAAUGAUGCUGUGACGCAGGCCCACCUGGACGGACAGAAAUUAUCGGAACAGGUAAAUAAGAUCUGUGGUCAUCCAAUCAGAACACCCACCGAAAGCCCUCGUUGUUCUUUCGAUGGGAGUAAAGAGAAGCUUAGAAUGAAGAUCUCUACAAGAAAUGGUGAAGAGACGCUUGCCAACAGAAGAAAAGAAUUUAUCAACAGCCUUCGACUGCACGGGUCAUUUUAUGGGGGUCUGGCUGAUCACCUUUGUGUUAAUGACUUAGCCGCUGCUGAUGGACUGCCAUGCUGGAAUGGAGAAGACAUAGUAAAAAGUUACACUCAGCGUGUGGUUGGAAGUGGAAUCAAAGCCCAGUCUGGGAAUCCUGAAGUCAAAGUCAAGGGGACUGAUCCUGUGAUAAAUCAGAUUAUUGAUAAACUGAAGCAUGUCAUUCAGUUGUUACAGGGUAGGUCACCCAAACCCGACAAAUGGGAAGUUCACCUGGGCAGUGGUGGCGGCGUGGUUGAACAGGUCAGCGGGGACUGUGACGAUGAAGAUGGUUGUGGGGGAUCAGGAAGCGGAGAAGUCAAGAGGACACUAAAAAUCACAGACUGUAAGUUAUGA